CUUUAAAAAAGGAGGGUGAGGGAGGGGGGCAGUGGUAGGAAGCCCCCCCUCCCUCUCUUCUAGCGCCAACCAAACCACUGAGAGAUAGAUUGCGACCUUUCCCUUUCUUUUCCUUCUUCUCCCACAUCGAUCGAUAUCCCUGUUUGGGAGGGGUUAGAGGGAAUGGGAGGGCACUCCUGCAGCUUCACGCAGAAGCUGCGGAAGGGCCUCUGGUCUCCCGAGGAGGACGACAAGCUGCGCAAGCACAUUGCCAAGUUCGGCCAUGGCUGCUGGAGCUCUGUCCCUAAACAAGCUGGUCUCCAGAGGUGCGGCAAGAGUUGCAGGCUCAGGUGGAUCAACUACCUCAGGCCGGACCUCAAGCGGGGUACGUUCUCGAGCCAGGAAGAAGAGCUCGUAGUCGAGCUCCAUGCCGUCCUCGGAAACAAGUGGUCGAGGAUUGCGGCGCGGUUGCCGGGGAGGACGGACAACGAGAUCAAGAACUUGUGGAAUUCCUGCAUUAAGAAGAAGCUGAGGCGGCGAGGGGUGGACCCGGACACCCACAGGCCGGUCGCCGCCGAGGGCGGCGAGAGCAGCGGGAAGAGCUCUGAGCCGUCGGCGGAGGAGAGCAUGAGCGGCGGCGCGUUGCGGCCGGGGAAGGAGGAGGCGUCGCCGGACCAGUUCCUCGCCGGCCGCGGCUCGUGUUCGGUCGGUUGUUACUUCCCCUUCGGCGGCCAGCAGCAGCUCCUCUGGCCCAACCCCGCGGUUUUCCCGACGGCGACGGCGACGGCGACGGCGACGGCUCCGCCCCAACCUCCUCCCUGUUUCCCGGAGGACGGGAACUGGUACGCCGAGGAGGAAGAAGCCUCGUGGACGGCGCAGCUGUGCGGCGACGACCAAGAGCUCAAGUGGUCCGACGAUUCGCCGCCGCCGGCCCUGUUCGCCGCCGGAACCCAAUUUGCUCCGAACUGCUUCAGCAAUUGGCAGCAGAUUCACGCUCCGGAGCUCAACGCCAAGGAUUUCCCGUCCAUCUCGCACGCCAUGGACCAAAUCUGAAGCUAAAUCCGUGCCGAUGAAUCCUCAAAAUUGCUACAGCUAGCUUUGUAUAUACAUGUAUAUAUAUUUUGUGCAGAUUUCAAGUUAUUUUUUCUCUGUUUUUUUCUUUCUUUUGUUGAAUCGAUAAUUGCAUGAAUAGCCAACAAAUUCUAGUUUUC